CCCCUCAGGAAGAUGGCGUCCGUGACAACAGCCACAUCAGAGUGGAUCCAGUUCUUUAAAGAUGCAGGAAUCCCUCCGGGUCUGGCUAGCAAUUAUGCCGUGUCCUUUGUAGACAACAGAAUUCAAAAGAGCAUGCUGAUGGAUCUCAGUAAGGAAAUCAUGAUAGACUUGGGCAUUACAGUUAUCGGUGACAUCAUUGCCAUUCUCAAACAUGCCAAGCAUGUCUACAGACAGGAUAUGUGUAAAAUGACCAGUGAAGCCAUUUCUUCAGGCCAGACUAGCGUUCAGGCCGAGCUGAGGCGCACUGCCAAUACUCCUGCCACACGCAUGAUCGCCAAUGCCUUAAGUCGGGACUCCCCACCAAGCACGCCUGCCCACCGGCCAGACAACCGUCUCUCAGUGACUAUUUCCAACAAGGGCGCCAAAACAGCUGCCAGUCAGCCUGUAGCUGAGAACGGCUUGCCAGUGAAGCGCCGGCGAGUGACUGCAGAGAUGGAGGGUAAAUACAUCAUCAACAUGCCAAAGGGCACCACCGCCCGCAGCCGACGCAUUUUGGCCCAACAGGCCAAGAAAGCCAAGAUUUUAAAACGCACGUCUGUGUUUGAGAGGCUGGGAUCAGAGUCUAAAGCAGACUCCUCUGCAACCAAUAAGCAGGUAUCAGGAGUGUUUAGUCGCCUGGACAAAGUGAACGAUGCAGAGAAGAAAAAGACAGACAACCUUGUUUCCGAUAACGACGACAGUGAUGGUGAAGGCUCAGUAUUACAGUACGCCGGCGUCCUUAAACGACCCCCACUACCCCCCAAAAAAGAGCCUGUUGUCCAAAAAACGAAACAAUUUGCCCUGCAUCGCCAGCGGAACAAAGUAAAAAUCAUCUCAUCAGAAACCCCUCCUUCCGUUCCCUCCUCCACCUCAUCUACCCAGGAGGUGGCACCCAAAAUGAGAUUGCUGCGAAGGUUGGGGAAGGCUCCCUCAGCCCCUGUCUCCACCUCCGGUUUAUUAGCCAGCCAGUCAGCAGAGAUGCAGGAUAGUCAUGUGACCAGCAGCAAAAGCAAGGCAAGCUCUGCUGUGGCCAGCUCCAAAGUCAGCAGCAGCACAGGGUCAGGCAGGGAUUCUCACGUGGCUCAGAUGGACGCUACCACAGUAAGUGUGUUUAAGAGACUGGGGGCCAAGAACAUCUAAUGGACAAACACCACCUAAAUACUCCUCGAUUUUGAAUUUCUUACCCAGAAUAAACCCACAUUUAAUGUCAGAA